CAGGCAGAAAUGUCAAAGCCAGCACGUGCUGUCAAACUGACAUCGCCUAUCGGGUGCAAGAAAUCGCGAGAACUCUCCAGCGGCAGAGAUCAACCCAGCGACACAAGAUGGCACAGAGCAAGCUGAACGAUUUGGCUGGCAAAUUCGGCAAGGGUGGUCCGCCCGGUCUGACCACGGGGCUGAAGGUGCUGGCGGCCGUCGGGGCAGCUGCGUACGGCAUCAAGAACUCGAUGUACACGGUCGAAGGUGGCCAUCGUGCGAUCAUCUUCAACCGUAUCGGCGGUGUCGGUGACGAUGUGUUCUCGGAAGGAUUGCACUUCCGCGUGCCCUGGUUCCAGUAUCCGAUCAUUUACGACAUCCGCUCCCGGCCGCGCAAAAUCUCCUCCCCGACCGGUUCGAAGGAUCUGCAGAUGGUGAACAUUUCGCUCCGGGUGCUGUCCCGCCCGGACGCCCGCAAGCUCCCGGUGAUGUACCGCCAGCUGGGCCAAGACUACGACGAGAAGGUGCUGCCCUCGAUCUGUAACGAGGUGCUGAAGAGCGUGGUGGCCAAGUUCAACGCUUCCCAGCUGAUCACGCAGCGCCAGCAGGUGUCGCUGCUGAUUCGCCGUGAGCUGGUGGAGCGGGCGGCCGAUUUUAACAUCAUCCUGGACGAUGUGUCACUGACGGAGCUGAGCUUCGGGCGGGAAUACACGGCGGCGGUCGAAAGCAAACAGGUGGCGCAGCAGGAAGCACAGCAGGCCGCCUUCCUGGUGGAGCGGGCCAAGCAGGAACGUCAGCAGAAGAUCGUACAGGCGGAGGGUGAAGCGGAGGCGGCGAAAAUGUUGGGUAUAGCCGUGGCCGAAAAUCCCGGCUACCUGAAGCUGCGCAAGAUCCGUGCCGCGCAGAACAUUGCCAGGACGAUCGCAAACUCACAGAACCGAGUGUACCUCUCUGCCAACAGCCUGAUGCUGAACAUUCAGGACGAUACGUUCGACGACAUGUCGAAGAAAGUUUCAAGAAAAUAAGUACGCAAGCGCAGGUGCAUUUUAAGAACCUAUUUGCCUAAAACCGUUAAUACCAUACUGCGAAACGAAAGAAAGAGAGAGGGAGACAGAACGUUAAUAGAAACUAGUUAAGCGAAGCAUAACAGUGUGCGUGCGUGUGUGUGGGUCGAUACAUAGGAGUGCAAAUUUGGGACAAAAUGAUGGCAAACGACGACGAGCCGUGACCACCACCACCUUCCUCCUUCUCCACCAAGCAGCGCAGCGUGUAGUAGUACCGUACCGUGUACUGGCGGGUGAAGACGAUGAUCGGUCAGGGAAAUUGCAAGAUGGAUUAUGUGCCGCGAUUUCAUGUUCCUUUCCGGGAUUCUAUCCCCCAGCCGCUGAGCCUCUCUCCGUCUCUAAUUCUAAUGCCUUUAACGAUCUGCCUCCGGGUUAUUGUGUGAGCAAAGGCGUGCUCACCCAACGCAAAACUCUGGAAUAGGUCAGCAGUUGCGAGGAUGAUAGUUUUGUUUCCUCUUUCCCCCUCUGUAUAAUCAUCGUGUAAUCAGCAGGGAAGCAAGGGCAAUUAAAUAGAAUGAGAGAAGAGGGAGACAGAGCGAGAGAUUGAGAGGGAUAGAGAGUGUGGGGCACACAAGAGAUCGCUUCGUUUGGUGUAUGGUAAAAAGAAACGCGCGUGUCGCAGUAAGCGCAGGUUGCAUUUUUGUUUAGUUUAGUCGUUAAGAGGGCGCAUUUCGAGUGAGCGAAUAAAGUAGAAGGAAUUGGGGUUGUUCUCAGUUCCCGCUCCAUCUCCAUCA